AUGUCUGAAACUAUCAGUUAUGAAAAUAUUACUUUUGAUAAAAUAUUCCCCCAAUGUAGAGAUGAUUUCAAUAUAACCAUAUCUGAUUCGAAUAAUUUAAAAGAAAUGGGAAGUGAACCUUUUAAUCUCUGUAAUAGUUUUAUUGAGAAUAAUGCAUGUAAUAAAGAAAUUAAUUAUGCUAAUUUAAUUACUAUUUGUAAGGGUCUUGUUUUUUAUUUAUACCAUAUAAAAAAUAAAAAUGGAUCUAAUGAUGAUUAUAAAAAAUUAGCUUGUAAAUAUUUCAAUUACAAGUUACAAGACAUGUUAAAGAAAUAUAAAUGUAAAUAUAAUGACCCAGCAAAAGGUUACAUUGAAAUGAAACAAUAUAGAGACAACAUCACUACAAUUGAAAAUAGUUUCCUUGAUACAUGUGAUAAUGAGGUUACAUGUCUUGAAGAUAGCACAUUUAACAUAUAUAUGUAUUUUGAUCAACUAUAUUAUGCUCUAACAUUGCUAGAAAGGGGAAAUAUAUGCUCAUACUAUGAUCAAAAAUUUAUGGAAUAUGAGAAAAAAUUAAGAGAAUUUGUACCCGAGAAGAAUGAUAUUGCUACUUUACUAAAUCAUUUAAUAAGGAGAUAUAAUAGAAGCAUUCUGGAAAAUAAUUUAUGUGUUAAUAAAAUAUCUCUGACUGAAAUAUCUGUUACUCAAACACCUGUUCCUGAAAAACCUCUGUCUGAAGAACCUCGGUCUAAAGAAACUCUGCCUGCAAUAUCUCCGAUAAAAAAUGAAAAUAAUGAUAACAUAGUGAUAGAAACAAUCCAAAUAAAGCACUCAGGCUUAUCAAUGGGAAAAUGGGUAGGAAUUGUUGUUUUCUCUUCAGCAAUUUUAAUAAUGACGUUCAUUAUAUAUAAGGUUAUAUAUAUUUAUACGCGCAAUGCCUCAUUAAUACGACGGAGGGUGAAGAAAUUAAGGAAAUUGUUGAAUAUAAAAAGUGUAAAUCAUAACGAUGCAAUGACAUCAUCUGAAGAAACAUAUAAAAAUAGAAAUCAUAAUCAGUAUAAAAUAGCUUACAUUUAA